AUGGGAACAUCUCAAAAACCAUCUGCAUCCCAACAAAAUAGUGUUGACUUACUGGAAAUAAAGGAUGCUCUUCAAAGUGAUCUUGCAUCCAUCCGUGCCAAUGCUUUGACCACUCUGGCAAACAAAUCCAAUCCUGAUGUGACUUUUGGAUCCGUUACAGCAGCCGAAUUGAUAUUGGCCUUCUGCGCUGACAGCGAUGCUCGUGUGCGAGCUGCCUCGCUUAACUGUCUUUGCACGUGGACUCAGUACGAAAAGCACAAACACGAUGCAGCCACAAAUAAAAGAAAAUUCGAGUGGAUUUCGGAUCACUGGCUACAAGUCCGCCAAGUCAGUUUGAGAGCAAUCCACCUUUUGGGUUUGCGAUUUGGUCAAAAAGAGAUCGCUUCGGAUGCAGUUAACCUUUUUGGCUGCGCAAUUGAAAACGCCAGCUUGGAUAUGCGGUCAGGCUUUAAAAAAAUUAAUCCGAUCCGUCGAAAGAGUAUUAAAUUGGUGGAUGACGCGUUUUCACGUGUUUGUGACCGUCUGCAAGAUCCUAGUCGGUACGUUCGCGAAACUGCUGCUGGACUGAUAGCAGAUUUGGCCAAGUUUGUCUCAGAGGAUAGCUUGAUGUUGACUUUGGAGAAGACGGUAAUGACCGACCGUCAGGUCAAGCGGUCAUCUGAGAGGGCCGUUAUGAGUGGUGGAAUCGACAAAGUUGCCCUCUGGGGCACCGUCUCAAACCCCUCACCGGCCAGAGCAAAGCGGCGUGGAGCUCAACUCCCAGCUGGUCCUAUUUGCGUUGACUCGAUAUCACUUCUCUCCACUGGCGCUUUGGGAGCACUAAUUAACGGAUUGGAGGACGAGUUCCACGAGGUUCGAUGUGCCACGCUCUCAACUAUAACUCAGAUUGCAGCUCAUAACGCGCGUUUCGCAUCGCUUUGUCAGGAUAUUCUGGUCGAUAUGCUCACUGAUGAUAUUCAAGCUGUCCGCCUUCGAGCUAUCACCGCCCUACAAACCGUAGGGGAUCAGGUGCCUUUAGUGGCGGAUCAGGUGGGAAUAGUGACCUCAGCACUAGCGGAAGACAACGCAAUGAUUCGCCAACGCAUAUACAGCCUCCUCUCGCGUUGUCGUUUGAUCUCACCUCCUUGCCUUCUCUCUCUUCUUGACGGUCUGUUGGCUACUUUGUGCCAAUAUCCACGAGACAGGGAUUCC